AUGAAAAACGAUUAUGAGGAGGAUGAAGGGCAAAUCUUUACAGCAAGACUGAAAACUCUAAGGAACGUUGCAAUAGAUCUAACAAAGGAGAUCGAAGCACAGAACAUCAAGCUGAGACAACUGGAUCCGUCUUUUCAAUCCUCAUUGAAUAAGAUAUUUACAACCAUACAAAGCAUAAGACGGUCGGAUCCAAAGAGAUUUCGAUCAUGGCUGUAUUUUAUUCUUGGAGGAAUCGGACUGUCCUUCUUAUUCUUUGUGUUGUUCAUUGCUAGCUAA